AUGAAGACGUUCACUGCACCUGUUGCUGGGCAAGCUUCCUUAGUCGAGGACACACAGCAAGGACAUACUACGCCACACGUGGCUAUGGAUCAGACUCCUGAUGUUCCUUCGCCAGCACUUUUCUUCAAGUGGGGAGGUGAGUUUCCAGGAGGCCGUGUUCGACCUGAGCAAGAGCAAAAGAAAGUCGAUGGAGAGCUUACUGAGGCUCUUCCUACCGCGGCAUCUCCCACCGCCGCAUCGUCGCUUAGCCCAGCCAAUGCUGCCUCCAAGAAACGAGGAAGAGGCCAUGAAGAUGCUGGUGAGGGUGAGGAAAGCACCGAGCGUGUAAGACUCAACAUUGCGGCGCCGAAUCCAGAUCAUGAUAACGUUAGCACCCUUGCCUUCGUUUUGGGCGAAACGACCAUGCAGCAAGCGCAUAUAUUUCAGGAGCCACAGCGCCCUAAUUUUACGGACGAAGAGGCAGAGCCGGAGGACAACACAUGUCUCUCUUUCGAGGCCUUCACCAUCAGACCGCAAUUCGAAUACUAG